UGUUUACGGUAGGACCGUGUUUCUCCUCUUCCGUUGCGUGGUUGUCCAGGCACAAAACAUCAAAAUCCUUGAACGGGUAUUGUGUUGGAUUUAAAAGUAUCGCAAACUCUCCUGCUCGUCGUUACCCAAUUCUGCAAAACUGAAGGGGGAAAAAACGUUCCGAUACUGACAAGGUUAUGUAAAUCAGAUGGAUAACAUGUCAAACGGCUUCACUCUCCAGAAACAAAUAGCGUCUAUCAUGGACGUGCUUGCUAAAGCCGCGGUGGCCGAAAUAAGCAAAGUCGUGGAUGAUGGUGUUGUUAUGCUUCGGCUUGAAAUAUGUGAACGAGAAAACGAAAUCGACACCUUGAAGAGGAAUCUCCAAAUAGUGUCAAAUGAGCUACGGGAGACACGACGUGCUCUCGUCCGGGAGUGUGUUAGUGAUCGCCCGACAGAGCAGUUUGGAGUAUUUCAAGGUGUCAAAGACAAAGAUAAGAAAGGAGCUGACAGAGAGGUGAAAAAUGACAACGUGGAACAGCCACAGGUGGAGAGCCACACUGCAGCUUCCAGAAUCGUGAAGAUUGAAGGGCUGAACGAUGAGGAGGCUUCGCAGGAUACAAACCAGCGUUCAACCACAGAGCUCACCUUUCAUUCUGCCCUCACCUCCAGUGAACAACACUUCACCCAGGCAUGGUCACCGGAGAGCAGCCCUGAGGCUCAAACACCUGAGUAUUUCCAUUCCAGACAGGAUGACUCGCAACACCAGCCAGGUCCUGCUGCCGGCUCGGAGGCGAUUUACAAGCCAGCCAGAGAUAGACUGGAAACAGUAUGCCCAAAUGGAGAAGAGUCAGCCAUCAGACACGGUUCGCACUCUCCAGACGGCCUGCGUGCAGUUACAGACGAACCACUGCCAACACAUAAGAACACAGGACUGGGACAGUCCCUCUCCUGCACGCAGAACACACUCGCACAUUUACAUGCUGACUCUCAAGCAAACUUCCCUCCAGCGGCGUGCAGAGGCAGGGUGGUGAACGGGACGGACGUGGAUAGGAGACGUUUCCUCUGCGCGUUCUGCAGCAAGAGCUUCGAUCGGCACAGCCACCUGGAGAGACACCAGCGCAUCCACACUGGGGAGAAACCCUUCAGCUGCAGGCUGUGUGGACGAUGCUUCACACAAAAGAGCAGCCUGAAGAGCCAUCUGAAAACACAUCGAGGAUUCAGUGGAGACAUAGAAUCAGCUUGCGGGCUGCCUGCCGAAGAGAACCACUUCAGUGAUGAAUGGACAGUGGCAGUGUACUGUGAGGAGCAGGUAGCACGCCUCCCUUACAGAAAUGGUCCAGAUGCUCACACACACAGACCCGACGCACACUCAUCUUUUCUGGGCCAGGAAGAUGCUCACUUCAUAAAUGCAGAGGAAGAGCCUGCGCAGCACACACACAUGGAUUUCCCGAACACCCAGAGUAAAGCCUGCGCCUCCCCAGCUGGGGAUGGGUCGGAGCCAGCUGAUCCGCGUGAGCUGCAAGAGUGCGACGAUGCGGUGGAUGGUGCCACAGUAAAUGGCAUGAAGACUGAACAGGAGGGGGAGGAGGAUAAAGACCAGACGUUGACCCAGGCGUCGUCUGAUUUUAGCGUAGAGGAUUGCAGACAACCAGACUCCGACUGCGAGAGUGUCAUGGAUGAGGGGGACUCUGAGGCUCCACCCUCCUUAAACGCAGCCAGCGCAGGACAAGACUCUGUGCAGUCGGGUUGCUCUCACAAGGCUGAGUACAGUUCAGAGACGGCAGAUGUUAACAAACAUGAUUUAGAAGCUUCCUCGACCGUCGUGCACUCGUGGGGAGGUCCUGAACUCAGCGAAACGAGGUGUGCAGACAGCAGCCAAAUCGGCGUGAAGAAGGAGGAAGAGGUGAUGUCUCUUGUGGAUGAAGAAGAGGUCAGUCAAGAGAUAGCUCAUGCCUUGCAGUUCGAGGUACCGAAUGUGGCCUCACUGUUAGACCACAGCACCACUGUGCCUUUGCUCAGGACCUUAGAGGCUGCUACAGUGCCGGAUCUGAACUAUCACACGUCACCCACAAGGCAUGGGGUGCCGAGCAGUAGCCAGAGAGGCCGCGUGCGCCGCUUCCCGUGUGUGCUCUGCGGGAAGAGCUUCGACCGCAUGAGCCACCUGGAGCGGCACCGGCGCAUCCACACGGGCGAGAAGCCCUAUGGCUGCGGCACAUGCGGGCGCAGAUUCAGCCAGAAGAGCAGCCUGAAGGGCCAUAUGCGGACGCACGUGGGUGAACGCACGUUCUGCUGCAGCACCUGUGGAGCUGCCUUCCUUACACGGGCCGCCCGCUACAGGCACGUGUGCCCACAUGCUGCAGCUGGAGCAUUCUUAGGGAGGACCGACUUGAAUCAGGAAACCCUUGCGUAUCCCCUCAACGCGAAAGCCGAAGGAGAAGUAAGCUCACUGCCCUGUGCCGACCAAUACGCUUGUUUUUGUAUUUGUAAAGCCCAGUCGGACGUCAACAUGCCAAAAUGUCUAACUCUUGAGACGCAGAUUUCGUCUGUGAUGGAGAGCUUUGUCCGAGCCGCAGUGGCGGAGAUCUGCAAACUUAUCGACACGGAAUGCGUGGAGAUGCGCUUAGAGAUCAGCAGGGGCCGGAGCGAGAUUGAGACGCUGAAGGGAAAAGUACGUGAUCUGAAGAAAGAACUGAGAAAUCCGUCCGCUCCGGUUUCUCUCUCGUACUUGGUCGACGGUCUUAUUGAUGAGCCUGAGCGAGAUGUGAGCGCUGAACAUGCCCAGCAGGAGGUUAACUGUGAUGAGGAAGAGGAGGAUACAAAGGCUAAUACCUCAGCCCUGACAAAGAACCCACAGGAGCACGAGAAUGAAGGAUGCAGGAAUUCUCCUCUGAGCUCUGGGAGUCGGCAGAGUCAGGACAGCGGGUUUUCACUUUUUGAUAGAGUGGUUCAGUUUAGGGAACCCCACAUUCUUCGCGGCUCACUGACGACUGAAGACAGAGCGGAUGUGGGCGCACUCAGCAUCGCAGCUCUAAAAGUGGAGGGUGGGAGUCACACUGCAUCCACAGCUGAGUGUGUCUACCAGGCUGAUGAGAAGUUUUGCACGGCUACACAUGGCCAUAUGAUUGGAUACAGCAACAAUAACUUUGAUACUACGGAGGAUGUCCGGCCCCAGCCCCAUAAUUCAAUGCUUUGCAUUCACAAACAGCUUUCUGAAGGAGCACAGCACCAUGCAUUUGAUGCACAGUUUAGUCAAAAUGGGCCAAAGAAUGGAGAAGAGUGUUGUAUUGGGGUGCAAUUUAAGACUGAGCAGCAGGAGGAGCCUCUAGCACAGAGGACCAAUGAAUGGACAGCUUGUGGGAUGAUGGACAGUGGUGCUUUGCCAUGGCCCUCUUUGACUUCAGUGAAUUGUGAUACACGUGGAGGAUGCUCUUCUAUACCACAGCAUCCUCUCCACAAUUCUCUCACAGAUGCCCAUGUUCUUAUUGAUGGGACCAGUGAGAUUUUACCUUCUCACAGUAUAAGCUACACUGGUGAGCCCCAAGCCAAACAGAUGAGAGCAAGGAAAAGCCACGAUCGACUCCAGACCAGGACAUUCAAGCCGAACUUUGCAAAGAGCCCGCCUCCGGCCACUGGACGCCACAGGUCGUUCUCCUGCUCGUUGUGUCCCAAGAGCUUCCACGGCGCUGUGGACCUGAUACGGCAUCAGCGCAUACACACAGGCGAGAAGCCGUUCGGCUGUGGCGUGUGCGGCAAGCGCUUCGCUCUCCGGGGCAACCUCGUCACCCAUGAGAGGGCCCACAGUGGCAGCAGACCUUUCACCUGCGGCCAGUGUGGUCGUGCCUUCGCACACGGCUCAAACCUCACCGCCCACCAGCGUGUCCAUACUGGAGAGAGGCCGUUCCGCUGUCCACUGUGCGGCAAAACGUUUGCUUGGCGUUGUCCUUUCAAAAGGCACCUCAGACUGCACUGUCCAAAUGGCCCUACUCCAUGAUUGGGUAUGGACUUCCUUGUUUCUGUGGAACCAAGGAUGUACGCUACUCUUGCAGCAGACAUCUGAGUCUUGUAAACAUGUAUGUUCUCUGUUUGUAACCUUGAAGCAUGGCAGUGGUGUUGUAAGCUGCUCUUGCAGGCCUGGCUGAGUCUUUUGAACAACAUCAAAGCCAUGCAAGGGGCCUAACAAAAUUAACACGUAGUAUGUUUAGCAUGUUCUCUGUUUCUAAACUCGGAGCAUGACAGUGGUGGUAUUUCAGUUCUGAGCUGUCUCUGUCAACAGGUUAUAGGAAGUGUCACUGGUAGUGUUGCUUUUUUAGAUUGCUUACCCAUUUUUAUUGCACACUGGCUAUCAGCAUUCAGUAUACAACACUCAGGUGUCUUUUGCUGAUGUAAUUUAUGCAAAACUAAACACAUUUUGAGUUUAGACUUAAAACACUUCAUACAAUGCUCCAUCCCUAAGGAUAAAUUUAAACAGAAAAUGUGCAAAUUUGGAAAUGAGUUACAAAACUUUAACUGUUGCAAAAUGAACACAAAGAUCUUUUUCUCUGUCGUGUUGUAGGAAAAGAGAACAUUUAUCAAAUCUAAAUAUAAUUUCCUUAUGGUAUUUAAUUCAAAGAGGCAAAGACAGGUUGCUGUGUCUAAAACAGUAUAAUGUAUUUAUACAUUUAUUUUAUUAUUUUUUAAAAAUGUAUUAAGAAAUUCCACAAAUUUCUACAUAAGGAAUGGACUGACCGCAAAUACUGGACAAUUGGACAAUAAACACACACAUGCAUAAAACGUAACGACAGCUAAGACACUGAUGGUACAAACAGCUGCGCAAUGUGGCAGAAGUAGUGAACAAGGAAAAAUAGCUGAAGAAGAGUAAAACGAAGGGAUCACUCAAAUAGACAAACAAGCUCAAUUUGAAAAUCGGGCUGCGCCACUGAGCAUGUCACCCACCGUUAUUUGCCCAUGGGAAGCAGGUCAAAGUGCAAUCCAGUUUAUCUCCUAUUUCACAGGCCUCUAUAAUGUGAGCUUUUAGUAAUGAAAACGGCUACAGUAAUUGGAGCUACUGGUAGACUUGUGACGUGUUAUGUUAUACAGGACUGUUACUAUUUUUAUAUCCUAUACGGUUUCAUAUGGUAAUUUGAAGAUCUGAAGAUUUUCUUAACUUUGUGCCAUGUUGCAAGGUCUGGGGCAACAAUCAAAAACAAGUAUGUACUUAAAGCCUUACUUCAAGUAAAUAUAUCCACCUGGCUAUCAUCAAAUAAAUGCACAAGUUCUAGUCAUUCUCUAGUUUUUGGCUGCAGCAGUGAUAACCACAUAUACAUUGUGAUAUCUGUUAUUUUAUUAGUGCGGUAUGAAUGUGGUUUACUGUCUAGACAUGGUUUGUCGUAGAAAUUCAUGUGUAAAAUGUCAGGCAUUUUGAUGUGAAGGGAGGGUGUUCAUGGUUAAGAAAUCAGUGUUUCAUUUGGCUCAAAUUUUCAGGGUUUGAAAAUGUGUAUAUGGUUUUAAGACAUGUGUUUUGGUAUUUCGGAGUAGAGAUACUGUUUCUUAAAAAGUGUGUAAGCAAUUGACAAACACUGUAAAUGCCAAAUUUAAGUGUCUUGUUUGCAUUACUUUGUCUAACUAAACAAAACUAUUGAUUUAAAAGAAGCAAAUAAACACACAGAUCAAAGAUCCCAUUUUAUUUACAUAUGUGGAAUUGCAAUUUAAACUAAUCCAUAGUAAUUAACAUUGUUAAUUGUGAGGAAAAAUCUACGUGAAUCUGCUUAUCUGAUUGUGUACAUAGCAAGCAAAUGUAAAGGCGCUUUUUGAAGUUUUCAGAGUUACUGUUUUUAGGAUUUUACUCUACUUGCAGUAAAAAUGUUUCGCUAGGAUUAUUGGAAUUAUUGCGUAAGUGCAUGAUUGUCUUAUAUUUAGAUAUUUUGUGUAUUAUAUAUUUGUAGAGUCCUUUAUUGUCAUAUAUAGUGUGGAAAGUGUGCCAUGCCAUACCAAUAAGACUCUAACACUACAUUCACCUACCUCUGUAACAUGAUUAAAAUUGUAAAUCAAUCUGGAUAAAAGCAUCUGCCAAAUGACUAAAUGGA